AUGCGACAGCAACUAAAUGUCAUCAUGGGCGGUUCUCCUCCUUGCGGCAACUCUGUUCGCUCCGUCAAGGAUUACCGUCGACAGGUUGCGACUUCGCAGAGGUGGCCGACUAGGCCGCCAAGUCACCCUCUGAUAACUUUUUUGCCGGAUGACGCUGAGGGGAUUCACGUACCCCACAACGACCCUCCUUUUGUCGUCCUUGGAAUUGGGGAGUACGACGUCACCAAGGUCCUCGUUGAUACAGGAAGCUCCGUCGACCCCAUCUUCCGAGGAACUCUGCAGAAGAUGGGAGUCGAUCUCGACGAUAUAAAACCGUCCUCCAGAACAUUAACCGGCUUCAACGGAUCCUCCGAGACAAUACGGGGAACAAUUCGCCUUCCGGUACGCGCAUGUGGAGUCACUCAAACUGUCAAGUUUGCCGUUGUAAGCGCGAAGGCCCCCUACCACGCUAUACUUAGAACCCCCUGGAUACACUCAAUCCAGGCCAUUCCUGUGAUUUUUAAAGAGAUCUCUACUCUGGCUGUAUGUGUGUGUGUAUAA